AUGUCGCUUCAUGUCUGGCUGAACCGAGUCCUGGAUGCUCAGGGAGAUCUGGAUGCGUGUCGACAUUGGGCGGAGAAGUGCGUAUUUAGAGGCAUUCUUUGGGAACAUCCCUACCAGCGUCCAGGGCACUUUCUUCGGGGCUUGAAGUCGCAGCCCUGGCAUUCUGCACAACAGUUCGAGCUGUGCAGGAGACUGGAGUCCGCCUAUGAAGCCAUUAAGGCAGAGCUUCUUGCACUGUCAUCCGUGCACCCUGAGUGGAGCCGGGUUGGAGGCCGUGCAGCCCAUGAUGGAGGAUUGAUACAAAGUGGAGAUUGGCAGGAGGUCAUCCUGUUGGGGGACUCCGAACACUGCUUUGCUAAUCGGCAGAGGUGUCCAGCCACGUCCACUGCAUUAGCUUCUCGGCCCGAGGCUGUAGAAUGUGCUCGGCUGGGUGUGGGCGAGGCGUUGUUCUCCUUACUGAAACCUCACACCAGCCUCCGAACGCACUGCGGCCCUACAAACAUGCGCUUGACAUGUCAUCUUGGGCUUAUAGUACCAGAUGACUGCCACAUUAUUGCCGGCGGCGGCCCACCGAGGAAGUGGAAAGAGGGUCAAUGCAUUGUGUUCGACGACUCGUAUGAGCAUUCUGUAGAGAAUCGUUCCGACCAGAGCAGAGUCGUUCUCUUGGUGAACUUUUGGCAUCCUGAUCUUCCUCCUACUGAUUGGGCACGGUUGGCAACCUUGGCAUCAGGAGGUGGAUAG